CAGGCCACCACCACCACCCCGUCAACCAGGCCACCACCCCCGUCAACCAGGCCACCACCACCACCCCCGUCAACCAGGCUACCACCACCACCCCGUCAACCAGGCCACCACCAACACCACCCCCGUCAACCGGGGCACCACCACCCCCCCCGUCGACCAGGCCACCACCACCACCACCCCCACCCCGUCAACCGGGCCACCACCACCACCCCCGUCAACCAGGCCACCACCACCACCACCCCCAUCAACCAGGCCACCACCACCACCCCCGUCAACCAGGCCACCACCCCCGUCAACCGGGCCACCACCACACGCUGCAGUGCCUCUGGGUUCGACAAGUCACACAAAAAAACAUGUAAUGCCAAGGCCAGGGUUGGGGGCGCCAAGGCCAGGACUAGGGGCUCCUCGGCCCGGCCCCGAGGUGCCGCACCCUCCGUGGCGCCUCGAGGCCCCGGGCGGGCCCCCAGCUGGCCGCGUCAAGACGCCGUGGUGUUCUGCAAGUUUGGACAGGUGUUCCGGAACGAGAGGGACAUCUGCGCCUACGUGGCUCAGCGCGUCUCCCCCGGCCUGACGUUUUCGCUACUCCGCCUGGAGACGGACGCCUCGAGCACCGUGUUGGGUCUUCGGUGCCGCAGUCAGCAGGAGGCGCAGCACCUAUGGGAGGAGUUGGAGCAGGUCAACGCCUCCUCCCGCACACAGAUUUGGUGCUUCGACUCCCUAGAAGCGGCGAGGGCGGAGGUUGUUAUGUCCCCGCGAGACUUGGAGCGUUCCUACGACUUCCACUUGGGGCAAAUUACGAAGAGGGCGGAGGCGGCCCUAGCCAGGCACUACGACAAGCUGGCGGAAGUGGAGGAGCAGGUGGAGGAUCUGCGUAAAGGCCGAAGAAACCUGUCCCUGGAGGAGUUUACUGAACGUCUAAGGUCCCGCCAAGCCUUGCAGGACCGCCUGAAGGAGCUGGAGCUACAGCGGGACGAGUUCCUGCGACACAUGGAGGACGUCCUCCAACGGCUGGAAGCGGCCGUUAGUGCGCGACACUUCGAGGCCACGGCCAAGGAGCUGAGGCGGGAGAUGGCCACGGAAUGCGCCAGGCUGACCAGCGCCCUGCCGAUCUACGCGCGGCGGACGGACAUCGUGAACACGGUGAGGCAGCACCAGGCGAGCGUCAUCAUCGGCGAGACAGGCUCGGGCAAGAGCACCCAGAUGGCCCAGUUCUUCCUGCAGGAGGGCGUGGCGGGGAACGGCGUGGUGGCCUGCACUCAGCCUCGGAAGAUCGCUGCCACGAGCCUAGCGACCCACGUGGCGCAGGAGAUGGGGUGCGAGGUUGGGGGGCUGGUGGGCUACAAGGUGGGGCUGCAGGGCCGACGGACGGACGCCACCAGGAUCCUGUACAUGACGGACCACGUGCUGCUCAAUGAGUGCCUGCAGGACCCCACGCUGGCCCGCUACUCCUGCGUCAUCAUCGACGAGGCUCACGAACGCAGCAUCUACACGGACCUGCUGCUGGGCAUGCUACGGGCCUGCCUGCGGGCGCGGCCGGAGCUGCGGCUCGUCAUCACCUCCGCCACCAUCAAGCCCGACGUUUUCGUGCGUUACUUCGACGAGUGUCCAGUGGUGCGUGUGUCUGGCCGCGUGUUUCCCGUGGACGUGGAGUGGCAGGAGCCGCAGCCUGGCGCCGACAGCUUCAACAACUACCAGGAGGCGGCGGUGCGCCAGGCGCUGCGCGUCCACCUGCACGAGGCGAAGGGCGACGUGCUGGUGUUCCUUACCUCGCCCGCCGAGACGGAGCGUUGCUGCCAGCUCUUUCACGACCUGCUGGAUGACCGCACCCAGGACUGCCUGGUGUUGCCGCUGCACGGUCGGCUGCAGAGCGAAGAGCAACAGAAGGUGUUCGAACCUCCCCCGGCGGGCCGCCGCAAAGUAGUGUUCGCCACCAACAGCGCCGAGACCUCCGUCACCAUCCCCGGCGUGAAGUUCGUCAUCGACACGGGCCUCGUUAAGGAGAUGAAGUAUGACCCCGUGCGGCGCAUCAACAGCCUGGCCGUCACGCUGGUGUCCAAGAGCUCUGCGCGCCAGCGGCAGGGCAGAGCAGGUCGCCUCGGCCCCGGCAAGUGCUUCCGUCUCUACACCGAGGAAGACUACAACAACAUGGCGGACGACACGCUGCCGGAGAUCCUGAAGGUGCACGUGGGCCACGCCAUGCUCAAGCUGAUGGAGCUGGGCGUGGACCCCAUCAACUUUGAGUACGUGGAGUCGCCCUCGCCGGAGGCCCUACAGGCAGCCUUGGCCUCGCUGGAGAGUCUCGGGGCGGUGGCCGAUGGAAGCCUCACCGAGCUGGGGCGGUGGAUCGCCAGGAUGCCUUUCGAUCCCCGCUACGGCGCGUUGGUGCACGACGCGGUGCACGCCGGGGCGGGGCUGGAGGCUGUGGUGGUGGCGGCGGCCAGCAGCGGCGGGCCCGUGUUCUACCGCGGCGGCUCGGCCACGGAGAAGGAAGCAGCGGACAAAAAGAAGGUUCCUUUUUGCCACGAGAGCGGUGACCAGCUGACGGCGCUGAGCGCGUUCCGCGCGUGGCACCGGGUGGCGGAGCGCGACAAGGGCCGCUGGUGCCUGGCCCACGCCGUCAACGGCAAGACUCUGCGGGCGGUGCGGGAGACGACCCGCGAGGUGCUCAACACCCUCGCCAAAGAGCUGAACACCCGCAUCCCCUUCGAGUUCGGUGAUGCCCAAGUCGUGGACGACACGCUAGCGCGCCUCCUGUUCCGUGCGCUGAGCUCCAACUUGAGUCAUUAUCUGGGGCACCCCAAGGCCGGCUACGCCCCCGCCUUCAAGGAGCAGCGCGUGGAGCUGCACCCGUCCUGUGCCUUGCUGCCCCUAGGCCGCCAGCCGGAGUGGCUGGUGUUCGAGCAGGUGAUGCGAACCUCGAGGGACUUCGCCAUGCAGGUGACGCCCGUGGAGGAGGAGGCGGUGGUGCAGGCGGUGCAGGACGGCUGGCUGCGGCUGGACUUGCAGGCCGCCAAAGGGAAGAGGCUGGUGGUGGCGUGCUGUGAGGCCGUGGGGCCGCAGCUGUUCCGCGAGGUUGUGGGGCCGCAGUACGCACUGCUCCGGGAACUGGAGGAGCGGCUUGUGGCCGACCACCCGGGCUGUGUGGUGGUGGUGGAGGGCCGGCAGGAGCAGGGCGAGCUGCGGGUGCUGUCGUCCCAGCAACACGCCGCCGCCCUCGUCGGCAGCUUCACCGACGUGGUGCCGCCGCUGCGGGCCAAGUUCAGGGCUGAGGAGAGCGAGGAGUGUGUCGGGAGGAGGCAAGACCGCGGCGGCGUGCGUGCAGUGAUAGUCGCUGGUGGCGUGGUGGCUGACGUGCUCAUGCCCGAGGAGUACACGGCCGUGCUGGUAAGGUGCCGCUGCGCCGCUGUGCAGGGGCUGUCAGAGGCGGAGGUGGCGCUGGCCCUGGGCAAGCACGGGGCCAUCAAGGAGUGCACCAAGUUCUUCCGCAAGAACAGCAACUCUCCGCUGUGGGGGAAGGUGGUGUUUGAGCGGCGUGAGGCAGCCGUCGCCGCUGUCAGGGAGAGCCAGGAGCGGCAGGCCGACAAAGGGAACCCAAGGCAGGAGGCGUCUGAGGAGCCUGACGCUGACGACGACCCAGAGAUCACUGUGCGGCCCAACGUGCGGGUAGAGGCGCGGAGGGGCGCACCCUUCACCGCCAGGCUGCAGUGGUGUCGGCGGGCGUCCAAGGGCUUCGGCUUUGUGUCCUUCACCCACGUGGAGGACUUCAUGCGGGCACAGAGUGAGUGCGCCUUCUCUGGCAUCCGUGUGGCCGGCUCCUUAGCCAGGGUCAAGUCCGCCCGCAAGGAGCCCUACAGCCUGCACGUCGCCGGCCUGGGUCCACUGGUGAUGGAGGACGUGCUGCGCGCCACCUUCGCCGAUAAACUGAACAUUGACCCAACACAGGACCUGGACAAGGUGGUGGUGGUGCGGGAACAUCGGGCGCUGGACCCUGAACGCCGCCGCAGAUGCGAGCGGCUCCUCCGGCACAAGAUUGAGGAGGUCGCGCCGCGCGGCACCUUCUGUCUGGAGCUGCGGGAGCCGCGCUCUGAGCGGGACGUGAACUUCUCUGCGUUCUGCAGCUUUGACAACCCAGAGCAGGGCCACGCUGCCUGCGUCGCCAUCAACAACACCACCCUCUGCGGCGAGAGCGGCGUGGUCACCAUGCGGCCGGACAUCCGCAGCUCCAUCUUCGUGCACGCCAACGUGUACGCCCACUGCGGCCCGCGGGUGCUGGCGCUGGUGAAGGAGCUGGAGGGGGAGCAGGUGCGCCUCAACGUCAAGACCCUCAAGAACAACAACGUGGUGGUGGAGCUGCGCAGCGACAGUGUGGCGGCGCUGACGCACGUGCGCACUCGCCUGCAGGAGGCGGUGACGGGCGAUGUGGUCGAGUGCGGCAACAGCCCUGCCUCCGUCGCGCUCUUCUCUCGCCAGGGCAAACAGCUCCUGAAGGACGUGAUGGCCCGCACGCGCACGCUUGUGCUGUCAGACACCCGCCUCAAAACGGUGUCCAUCCACGGGCCGGCGGAGCAGCGGCAAGCUGCCCGCACACUGGUAAUGGAGCUCCUGCAGCGGCUGUCUGACCACCGCGAGGACGUGCAGCUGCGGGGCGCCGGACGCCCGCCUGGCCUCAUGAAGGCGCUGAUGGUGAAGUACGGCGCCGACCUGGAGAGGCUGCGAGCCGAGGCGGGCCUGGGGGCGGUGACGCUCACGCUGCGGCACCACCGCCUUGGGCUGUGCGGGCCGCGGCAGGCCGUGGAGCAGGCCAGGCAGGCCGUGGAGGCCGUGGCGGCGGGCCUGGCCCUGCAGGAGGCAGUGGAGCCUAGCGAGGAGCAGCCUGAGUGCGGCGCCUGUCUGUGCCCCGUGGAGGGCGGCGACGCUCUGUGUCGCCUCGAGUGUUGUGGCCACGCCUACUGCCGCGAGUGUCUGGCCCAGCAGGUGGCCACGGCCAUCACCGACAGGGCUUUCCCCGUGCUGUGUGUCCACGAGGGCUGCGGCGGCGCCCUGGCGUGGCGGGACUUCGUCAACCUGUCCCGCUGGGGCCUGGCGUCCCUGCCCCGCCUGGUGGGCGCCGCCGUGGCCGCCCACGUGCAGCGACACCAGAAGGACCUCCACUACUGCCUCACGCCGGACUGCCCGGCCGUGUACCGCGCCAGCGCCAGCGGCGCCCUUUUCGUGUGCCCGGAGUGCGAGGCGCGUGUGUGCACAGCUUGCCACGAGCAGUACCACGAGGGCCUCACCUGCGCCAUGUUCCGGAGCGCAGAGCAGGACGGCGGCAUCGGCGCCUGGCUAAGGCAGGACGCGGACCGCAGGAAGGUCUGUCCUGCCUGCACCACCCCCAUCGAGAAGGUGGCGGGCUGCAACAAGAUGACCUGCGGGGCCUGCCGCAAGGUGCUGUGCUGGAUGUGCCUCGAAGUUUUCUCCUCCGAGGAAGAUUGUUACAGACACCUUCAGAACGUCCACGGCGGCUACUGACGCGGUGGAUGGGCGUGUGCACCUCCGGCAGGCAGGUAGUGUGGACAACCAGUGUGAAGUGCGGGCCAGCACACUGAAUGCUAGGCCAACACAGUAACUAGUGAAUUAUAGGCCAGCACAAUGAACGAUAGCUCAACGAAGUGAAGUGCUGGCCAGCACAGGGAACUAUAGCUCAACCCAGUGAAGUGUAGACCAACACUGGACUGUAGGCUAGCACAGUGAAGUGCAGACCAGCUCAGUGAACGAUAGGGCAGCGCAGUGAAGCGUAAACCAACAUGUUUAAGGGUGAGGCAACAAAGUGUAGUCCACCAGAGUGAAGUGUGGGGCGCCAAUAUAAAGUGUAGACCAACAAAAUAAACAGUAAGAAAUCA